AUGCAGAAAAGUAAUAUCAUGCAAUGCCAACAGCUUUUUGAGUGUUUUUUUGUAGAUACAACAGACUCUAACCUCUGCCGAGUCGAAGAACCCACGAUCCCUUUACCACCCAAAGAUUUGGAGUGCACGCAAAACAGAAAUACUGACAGCAAAGUGGCUACCAUCUUCAUAUUCACGCAGUUGCUGCGAGGAAUCGGGAUGGUCCCUCUCAAACCAUUUGGACUUUCAUAUCUUAAUGAAUUUGGAAGCGAGAGAAACAUACCAAUAUAUAUAGGGUUAAUUAACACCAUCGGCAUUGUAGGGCCAGCUUUGGCCUUCCUACUCAGUUCAGCUGUAUUGCAAUUCUAUGUGGACUUUGAGAAGUCUUUAAACUAUGGGUUAACACCUUCAGACCCACGCUGGGUUGGUGCCUGGUGGCUUGGGUUCCUAAUUAUUGCUUCACUGGUGACUAUCAGUUCUAUUCCAUAUUUUUUCUUUCCAAGAGCAAUGCCCCAGGAAGGGUCAGACAAAUUAAAAGGAUGGAAAUCAAAACGAAAGCAUCUGUUGAAAUCUCAGACAAGAGGAUCAGCACUUCAGAACAACUCUCUUGGAAAAUAUAUAAAGAAUUUCCCUGUCACUUUGUUUGGAAUGCUCAAGAAUCCUGUUUUUCUUUUUACGGUCCUUGCGAGAUGUAACCUUCACGCCGUGCUAGCUGGGCAAUCAACAUUCAUAACCAAAUAUAUGGAAAUACAAUUCUCAAUUGCCACUCCAUUUGCAAACAUUCUGAUGGGGUCCUUUAUUUUACCUAUUACCGCAACUGGAAUUAUCCUUGGUAGUGUUGUGAUGAAGAAAUAUAAGUUCACACAAAAAAAAACUGCUUCUUUCUGCUGUGUUGGUAUCUUCAUUUCAAUCAUUGUGGCUAUCCCAACAUUGUUUCUGGGGUGCUCGACACGAAGAAUUGCAGGUAUCAAUGACAACGGCAUCAGCAGAAACACAACCUCAAGUCUUGUUUCCCCUUGCAACAUGAACUGCCGAUGUCUGGCCACAACCUUCAAUCCAGUGUGCGGCACAGACGGAGUUGAAUAUGUGUCCCCAUGCCAUGCUGGUUGUAAAAUGUAUUUCUUCAACAUCACUGGUAAUAAAAUUCAGAAUUACACCGAUUGUGCAUGCAGUGACUUUGCAGAACCAGGGCCAUGUCGUUUUUCAUGCAACCAUUAUUUAAUUUCAUUAAUUUCACUCCUUGGAUUAAUUCUGAUGGUCGGCUGUCUGUGUCACACACCAUCAUUUAUAUUGGUUCUCAGAGCAGUGCCCGAGGAAACCACAUCAUUCGCUAUUGGGAUUCAAUCUCUCAUCAUUCAAGCAUUGGGUUUAUUUCCUAUCCCUAUCCUUUUGGGGGCUAUUUUUGACAACACCUGUAUCCAGUGGGAUCGUAAAUGUGGACGGAUAACUUAUUGCCAAUAUUAUGAUAAUGAUCUUUUGCGAAUAAGGUUCAUAGGUUUCCAUAUUAUAUUGCUAGUGGUCACCUUUUUAUGUUUUCUCAUCGUUUACUGUGUUAUACGAAACCAUCCACCACAGACUGCAGUCGUGGCAGUGAAAGAAAACUAUGCAGAGACUGUGGAAUAA